ACCGGACCACAUAUACUCCAUUGUUUGGGUUGGACAUUUGAUGGACGUGAACCAAACGCCUAAGGAAAAUUAAUUUUUUGUGAAGACUUGUAUUUAUUAUUUGAAAUGUCUUUUGAACAAGAAGAAUGAAUAAUGGUGCAGAUGAUUUUUUUAUUUUAUUUUUUUUGAAAGCGCAGUCUGUUGAUAUACUUAGUAAUUUUCGUGUUUAUUUCUCUUUAAUAAAACCCUUCUCAAAGAUCGUAGAAGCAUAUACUUAGGAAAUGAUAUCAAUAUUUUUUCCACUAGUUUGUUCAAUCUUCAUGGUAGUUGCUCAACAAGCCACAGCGGAGAACUACUACUGUAUUGACAAAGGUAACUACACCCUUAACAGUACCUACCACGACAAUCUCAAUCACCUCCUCUCCACCCUUCCCAACUCCCAAAACAACAAUGGCUACGGCUUUUAUAAUCUCUCUUACGGAAACGCCGACGACCAAGUUUUUGCAAUGGCGCUAUGCGACGGGGACGCCAUGCCCGACUCCUGCCAAAGAUGUCUUAACGAGUCUACACAUCUUGUCCAACAGCUCUGCCCAUACCAGAAGGAGGUAGUCCUAUGGCACAAUAAUUGUAUGUUGCGCUACUCUAACCGCUCCUUGUUUGGGUUCAUGGAAAGUUUUCCAAGAGUUAUACUAUAUAACACUCAGAACGCGUCAUCCGACCCCGAUACCGUAGAGGCGUAUUUCAAAGAUCUUAGAAGCUUAUUAGAUAAUCUGAAAAGUCGAGCUAUGGCUGGUGGCUCUCUUAAAAAAUUUGCUUUAGACAGUAUAAAAUCUGCAGGGUUUAAAACCAUAUAUGGGCUUGUGCAAUGCUCACCUGACUUGUCCAAGAUCGACUGCAAUAAUUGUUUGGAUGAUUCAUUUGGGAAUUUGCCGGGGUGUUGUAACUUGAAAAAAGGGGGAGUAGUACUCGGCACUAGUUGUAGACAUAGAUAUGAAGAUUACCUCUUCUAUGAUAUUUCUAAUGUCACUCAAGCUCCGCCACCAUCCCCAAUGCCACAACCACCACCUCCUCCGCCAUUAACUGUACCAGGAAGGAAGAAGGAAUCAUCAGCAACGGUAAUCGUCGUUAUUGUUUUUGCGUCUACUGUUGCGUUGGGGAUAAUCAUGUCCAUUUUUGUGUGUUUAAGAAAGAGGAACGCAAAAACAUUAAUGGCUCAGACUAAUAAGCAUCCCCUGAUCUCAAACGAACGUAUGGAAGAAGUCAGUGUGGAAUCCUUGCAGUACGAUUAUGAGACUAUCAAACUUGCUACAGGCAAUUUCUCCAAGGAACUUGGAAAGGGUGGAUUUGGUGUUGUUUACAAAGGUAGAUUUAGUAAUGGACAAGACAUAGCAGUGAAAAAAUUGACAGGAGAAUCAGCCCAAUGUGAUGUUGAUUUCAAGAACGAGGUAAUGCUAGUUGCCAAGCUGCAACACCGCAAUCUUGUUAGGCUUCUCGGUUUCAGCUUGGAAUCAAGGGAAAGGCUUCUUGUCUAUGAGUUUGUCAAAAACGGACGUCUUGAUCAUUUCAUAUUUGAUCCAACGAAGCGUGAGAAUUUGGAUUGGGAUAGGCGUUACAAAAUAAUAGGAGGUGUGGCUCGAGGACUUCUUUACCUUCAUGAAGAUUCCCGUUUGAAAAUUAUCCAUCGAGAUCUAAAAGCUAGUAACAUCCUUUUAGAUGAAGAAAUGCAUCCUAAGAUAUCUGAUUUUGGAACUGCAAGGCAUUUUGUUGUUGAUCAAACUCAAGACAGUACCAGUCGAAUAGUCGGAACAUAUGGAUAUAUGGCCCCUGAAUAUGUGAUGCAUGGACAAUAUUCAGUCAAAUCUGAUAUAUUUAGUUUCGGAGUAUUGAUUUUAGAAAUAAUAAGCGGACAGAAAAAUUGUGUCCUUGAAGGACAGCAUGAGCGUACAGAAAACCUUUUAACUUAUACAUGGAGACAUUGGAGGGAAGGAAAUGCUACAAAAAUAAUAGAUCCAGUGAUGAGAGGUAGACGAGGAAGUGAAAUAAUGAGAUGUAUUCACAUAGGACUAUUGUGUGUCCAAACAAAUUUAGUUGACAGACCAACCAUGAAUAAUAUUGUUCUCAUGUUAAAUAGCAACUCUGUUUCUCUCCCAGUACCCUCACAGCCAGCUUUCUAUAUGCAUAGUAACACGGGAGGUGUGAACCACAAUCAGCUGCCUCAGAGAGAAUCUGUGAAUGAAGCAUCAAUCACAGAAAUUUCUCCUCGCUAGUCUGCUUUGUUGAAGAUACAGUAUGAUUCACUGACAGUUACAACACAUGCUUUAUAUUAAUUUGUUGUCAUUGAAUUUAUAAUUUUCUAAGUUUGUUUCUGUUGCGAAAAUUAAAUGGCUAUGCAAGUCAUACAA